AUGGAAAAUAUUUGUCAAUUGCACUUUGCUGAUCUUGGCUUGGCAUUCGAAUUUUAUAAUUCAUAUGCCAAAACGAGGGGCUUCAGUGUGCGAAAGAGUAGGAGUAGAAUAGUUGAUGGAAAAGUUAGAGAAAAAACAUAUGUUUGUUCUUGUGAAUGGUAUAGAUUAGAAAAAUGGAACCACAUGAAAAAUCGAGUUAGGGAGCCAAAACCAGAGACAAGAUGUGGUUGUAUGAGUAAACUUCAUGUGAUCUUCAAUGCGGUAACUGAGAGUUGGGUAGUGAGAGAUUUUUGUGAUGAACACAACCAUGAGCUUGUUGUUCCAAAGUUAGCAAGAAUGUUAAGAUCUCACAAGAAAAUGACUGAGCCUGACAUUAGUCAAAUGAACCAUAUGAAAGAGGUGGGGAUCAGCAUGCCAAACAUAUUUGGGUCAUUAGCUAGCCAGUGUGGUGGGUACGAGAACGUUAAUUUUUUAAUUAAGGAUAUGCACAAUCAAGUUGCGAAACAAAGAAGACAAUUACCUGAUGAUUUAACCUCUGCAAUGGCUUACUUGGAAACGCUAGCAGCAAGGGAUCAAAACUUGUUCUAUAGUGUUAAAAAGGGCAGAGAAGGAGUGUUUCGGCAAAUUUUUUGGUGUGAUGGCCGGUGUCAGUUGGAUUACGAUCUGUUCGGGGAUGUGCUAGCAUUUGACGCCACAGAUAGAGAAUGGAAAACAGGCUAUGAAAAUCCUGCAGUAUUGAACCCUUCUGAACUCACAAAACAUUGGGUCAAGGUGGCAGCAGAGAUAGAAAUCUCAUUGAUGACACUAAUUAAUUUUUAA